GUCGUGGUAAAAGUCAUGAAAAUAUUGAAGAUACCGAUUCUGUUCUAGGUGACCAUGCUUCAUUUUUCUCAGAAAUAAUUUUACAAGAUACUGCUUUACAUGAAACAAAUCAUCCAAUGAUUGAUAUGGUUACUAAUUAUCUCACCUCUAAGUGA